AUGGGUAAAAUUGUUUUAACUGGUUCAACUGGUGCACUUGGUUCAAAAGUUUUACGAUAUUUAUUCGAAUUUGGUGUUAAUUCAAAAGAUAUAAUAAUAUCUGUUUAUAAUCCAAAUGGUAUUGACCCUAACUUAGAAAAAAUUGUUUUUGAUGUACGUCAUGGAGAUUAUAAGAAAAAAGAAACUCUUGAAAAAGCAUUUCAAGGUGGAGAAAUUUUAUUUCUAAUCUCAUCUAUUACAAUUAACAAUGAAAAACGAACUGCAGAACAUCGAAAUGCUAUUGAUGCAGCUAUAAAUGUUGGAAUUAAACAUAUUUAUUAUACAAGUUCAUCAAUUGGAGACACAAGAGAUGUAGAAAUAAUGAGAGCACAUUUAAAUACAGAAGAUUUACUUAAAUCAUCGCCUAUUAAAUAUACAAUUAUUCGUGAAGGAUUUUAUUCCGAAGUUUUUCCACUUUUUCUUGGACAUUUUGAUGCUAAAACAACAAAUGAAAUUGUUAUACCAGCAGAUGGUGGAAUUCCUUUUGUUGCAAGAGAUGAUUUAGCUGAAGCAACAGCAAAAAUAUUAAUAGAACCAACUAAUAUUUAUCAAAAUAAAACUAUUUUAUUAACUGGUUCAAGACUUUAUACAUUAAAAGAAACAGCUUUAAUUGUUUCAAAAAUUCUAGAUCGUCAAAUUCCAAUAAAAAUUGUUUCAUUAGACGAAUAUAUUAAUCGAAAUUUAAAAAAUCAAAAUGAAGUAUGGGUAAGAAUAUGGGCUACAAUUUAUUUAGCAUUACAACGUGGAGACCUUUCACAAAUUGAUACAACUUUGGAAAAAAUAUUACAACGAUCACCGAAAAGUUUUGAACAAACUAUCAAAGAAAUGUUAACAGAGAAAGACACAGAUGAUAAAGAAACACAAAUUAAUAAUAAAUAUAUCCAAGCAUCAACAUUCAAUAAUAAAACUUAA